AUGGCUGGAAGAAACAAUGUUGCUAUUUUUGCUGCUUUGUCGGUUGUUGCUCAGGCUGUGCAUAAUCAACCUAAUGCUGGUGGGAACGACAAGGAAUUUCUGAGAAAGUACUUUCCUGAGGAUGUUUGUGGGAAGAAGGAGAUUGAGUUUUUGGAGUUGAAGCAGGGUAACUUGUCGAUUACUGAGUAUGCUGCCAAAUUUAUGGAACUUGCUAAGUUCUACCCUCAUUACAGCAAGGCGACUGCUGAGUUCUCGAAGUGUAUGAAAUUCGAUAAUGCUAAUAAAGGUAAAAAGAGAGUUGUUGAUGGUAAAAGGCCAAGUGAGGGAGGUGCUCUUACUCCUCUUAAGUUCUAUAGGUGUGGUGAAUUGGGUCAUCGUGUUAGUGAAUGUAAGAGUGACGUGAAGAAGUGUUGCAAGUGUGGGAAGUCGGGACAUCUGGUUGCUGAUUGCAAAGAGAAUGUGGUGUCUUGCUACAACUAUGGUGAACCAGGACAUAUCAGCACUCAUUGCCCGAAGCCUAAGCAAGCUUCAAGUGGAGGAAAGGUGUUCGCUCUGAUGGGAACUCAGACUUCCUAUGAUGACAGGUUGAUCAGAGGGCUAAGCCUUAUUUUGUCUUUUAUGAGUGGAGAAAUGGUUAUCGAAACUCCUGUUAAAGUGCGGUUUCUUACUCCUGGUGAGGAUGAAGAAGUUUAUUUCUUGUCUACUAGAGAGUUGAAGGAGCUUUUGGAAGAGGAAACUCAGGUGUUUGCAUUGUUCGUGGCGUUAUCUGCUAAGAUUCAGGAGGUGAUUGAUGAAUUGCAGGUAGUUCAAAAUUUUCAAGAGGUGUUUCCAUAUGACAUUAGCAGAGUUGAAGAAACAAUUAGAAGAUCUUCUAGAGAUGAAAUUUGUGAGACCAAGUGUGUCGCCUUGGGGAGCUCCGAUGUUGUUGGUAAAGAAGAAAGGUGA